GUUCCUUGCUUUAAGUUCUUAAAAAGCCUCUUUAAUCCCACUUUCUAUGGCAUCUUCCCCCCCAAAAAGUGCUUUUAGGUAGUGCUGCUUCCAGGUUUUGUGGUGAAGCUUCUUAUGCUAAAGUAAUCAUUUGGGAAGAGCCAAAUAUAAUACAAGCAUUUUGUUGACACCACUCUUUUAAAUGCUUAUUCUAGCACACUUACCUUACAAACUCAGGAUUCUGCUAUUGAUUAAGAAUGUUGCUUAUGGUUGUUCACGAGCCCCUGUUUCUGUGGAUGGAAGGUGAUAAGUUGCAAUAUUAAGAGAUAGUCUCCCUUCAAUCCAAAGGCUAAAAAAAACAAAAAAAAAACUACAAAUGAGGAUGUUGGCAGGAGAAAAGAAACCUCAAAAACUUCGAACUUGCUUGUUCUUCGUCUCCCUCAUUUUCUACAUAUCCAUCUCAGAAGCAGAAGACUCGACUGGUGAUAUUAAAAAGCUGUUCACUCUCAGAGACUACCUUUCUCAGAACAGUGCUUCUGUCACAAGCUGGUUCGAUCCGGAAACUCUGCCGUGCAACUGGUUGGGUAUAACAUGUUCAUCAUCUCACACUGUUCAAGCCAUAGACUUAUCAUACGUACUGCUAACACUCCCUUUUCCGAGCUGCAUCACCGAGUUUCGAUCUCUACAUCGGCUCAACUUAAGCGGCUGUGGCUUUUCAGGUGAAGUCCCGGAAACUAUAGGACAGUUGCAGAAUCUUCAAUACUUGGAUUUGAGCAAGAACCAACUGUCCGGGUCCCUCCCGUCUUCACUCUUUGGAUUGGGAAUGCUCAAAGAACUGCUUUUGGGAUCCAAUUCCUUCUCCGGAAGCUUGAGCCCGAAACUCGGGGAGCUCAAAGCUCUCACAAAGCUCUCCUUGUCCCAAAACGCUUUUUCAGGGGCCAUUCCACCUGAUCUGGGUAAUAACCUUCGUGACUUGGAGCUUCUUGAUUUGAGCUUUAACUCUUUCACUGGAACGCUUCCUCCGAGUUUUGCGAACCUCACCAAGCUAUUGCACCUCGAUUUGAGCCGAAAUAGCUUCACCGGGCCGAUCUUUCCUAAUAUAGAUUCACUGGAGUAUCUCUUAUCUCUUGAUCUAUCUUCAAACAAUUUGAUAGGGACUUUACCGAAGGAAAUCGGCAAGUUGGCUAGUAUUGAAUCGCUUUGGCUUGGACCAAACAGCUUCUCGGGAAGCAUCCCUGCAGAGAUUGGCUUUCUGACGAAGCUGAAAAUUCUGUCACUGCAAGAUUGCAAGUUAACAGGAAAAAUUCCCAGAGAAAUCUCCAACCUUAAAAGUUUGACAGAUUUGGAAAUAUCAGAAAAUAGCUUCGAGGGCCAGCUGCCCCAAGGAAUUGGGGAGUUGAAAGAUCUUGUGUACUUACUUGCUUCGACUACCGGACUUAGUGGGCUAAUUCCGGAGCAAUUAGGCCACUGCAAGAAGCUGAAGAUUUUAGAUUUAUCUUUCAAUUCCUUUUCGGGUCCUCUACCGGAUACUCUCGCCGAAUUAGUAUCACUCAACACAUUCAUUGUCGAAGCGAAUCAAUUGACCAGUCCAAUUCCGGCGUGGAUUCAAAAUUGGAAGAUGGCCAUUACAAUAAAGUUGGACAGGAAUCAAUUCGGCGGGCCAUUGCCGCUAUUUAAUUUACAGUAUUUGACUUCAUUCUCUGCAGAUGCAAACAGACUGUCGGGAGAAAUCCCUUCAAAGAUCUGCGAGUCUAAGUCGCUGAAUAUUCUCUCUCUAUCUGAGAAUGACUUAACCGGAAGCAUCGAAGAAACGUUCAGAGAAUGUGCGAAUCUCACUGAUCUGAUCUUAAUAGGGAACAAUUUUUAUGGGGAAAUUCCGGGCUAUUUAGGUGAAUUGCCCCUUGUUACUCUCGAAUUGGCAGAAAAUAACUUCACCGGGGAGCUCCCCGACGGGCUGUGGAAGUCUUCGACUAUUAUGGAAAUAUAUCUCAGCAAUAAUCAAUUAAUGGGCCGAAUUCCUGAGAAAGUUGGUGAACUCACUGGGCUACAGAGACUGCUACUGGACGACAACUUCUUCGAAGGAUCGAUCCCGAGCUCGAUCGGCAAAUUAGGAAAUUUGACUAACCUGUCUCUCCACGGCAACAGAUUAUCAGGAGGCAUCCCUCUUGAUCUCUUCAACUGCACGAAUCUUAUAGCACUCGACCUUGGAUCAAACAACCUGACGGGCGCCAUUCCGAAAGCGAUUUCUCAGUUGAAACUGCUCGAUAACUUGGUUUUAUCCGACAACCGACUCUCUGGUGAAAUCCCGGGGGAAAUAUGUGACGGGUUUCAGCAAAUAGCUUACCCCGACUCCGAAUUCAAUCAGCAUUAUGGCGUUCUCGAUCUCUCCUACAACAAUUUGAUCGGCCAAAUUCCAGCAGCAAUCAAGAACUGCGCCGUGCUGAAAGAGCUUCGGUUGCAAGGUAACAUGAUCAACGGUAGCAUCCCUCCUGAGCUCGCUGAACUGUCGAAUCUGACACAAAUCGAUCUCUCCUACAAUAACCUCACUGGCCCGGUCCUUCCGAAUCUGUCCCCUUUGACAAACCUACAAGGCCUAAUUUUGUCCAAUAACCAGUUAAGCGGCCUCAUUCCUAGAGAGGUGGGAUCCAUUUUACCGAGCCUAGUGAAGCUCAAUUUGUCCAGCAAUUCACUCACUGGUCCGUUUCCGAAAUCAUUAUUUGAUAUAAAAACUCUCACAGAUGUUGAUAUAAGCCAAAAUUUCCUUUAUGGGUCCAUCCCAUUUUCCGAUUUCAUCGGACAAGAGAUCAACUCCCUCCUCCUAUUCAAUGCAAGCAACAACAAUUUCUCCGGAACUAUUCCGACUUCUAUCUCCAAUUUCACUUCGCUCGCCGUUCUCGAUCUCCACAAUAACAGCCUCGCUGGAAGCUUACCGAUUUCGCUUUCAAAUCUCGAUUACCUGACAUAUCUUGAUCUCUCAAACAACAACUUCGAGAAUGCGAUCCCCUGUGGAAUUUGCAGCAUAGUCGGGCUCUCAUUCGUGAACUUCUCCGGCAACAGAUUCGACAGCUUCACUUCUGAAAAUUGUGCUGCAGCAACCAAUUCUUGUGCCGCAAACCACGUUGUCCCUUCAGUAGCCUACCUGCCUCCUCGAGCUUUAAAGAGAUCGUCGGUUUGGGGAAUCACGAUCGGUAUAGCUCUCGGCUUCGUCGUCCUCGCAAUCAGCUUGCUUCGAUGGAAAGUGUUUCGAAAGAAGUCACUAGCUCUUGUCGUCUCUUCGAGCAAAGCCAAGCCGACUGCCGUCGAACCGGCUUCUAGCGACGAGCUUCUCGGUAAGAAGCUGAAGGAGCCUUUGAGCAUCAACCUCGCCACAUUCGAGCACGCCCUGCUGCGACUAACUCUCGACGAUAUCUUGAAAGCAACCGAGAGCUUCAGCAAAGUCCGCAUCAUCGGUGACGGCGGGUUCGGAACGGUUUACAAAGCGGCCCUUCCUGAAGGCCGCAAAGUCGCGAUCAAGCGGCUGCACGGGGGCAGCCAGUUCCAAGGCGACCGCGAAUUCUUGGCUGAAAUGGAAACAAUCGGUAAAGUGAAGCACCGGAAUUUGGUGCCGUUGCUCGGGUACUGCGUCUUCAGCGACGAACGGUUCCUGAUCUACGAGUACAUGGAGAACGGCAGCCUCGAAGUCUGGCUGAGAAACCGAGCUGAUGCCGUGGAAGCUCUUUCAUGGCCUGCUAGAUUCAAAAUUUGCCUUGGAUCCGCCCGCGGGCUCGCGUUCCUGCACCAUGGAUUCGUCCCCCACAUCAUCCACCGCGACAUGAAAUCGAGCAACAUCCUGCUCGAUGAGAGCUUCGAGCCGAGGGUCUCCGACUUCGGCCUCGCGCGCAUCAUCAGCGCAUGCGAGACCCACGUGAGCACCGAUCUCGCGGGCACAUUCGGGUACAUCCCCCCGGAGUACGGGCUCACAAUGAAAUCGACCGCGAAGGGCGACAUGUACAGCUUCGGCGUGGUGAUGUUGGAGCUGCUGACGGGACGGGCACCGAUCGGGCAGGAGGAGGGGGAGGGGGGCGGGAAUUUGGUCGGCUGGGUGCGGUGGAUGGCCGGAAAAGGGAAGCAGAAUGAGGUGUUCGAUCCGUGCUUGCCGGUGGCAGGUCUGUGGAGGGAGCAGAUGGCGCGCAUGCUCGCGGUCGCAAACGCGUGCACGGCCGAUGAGCCCUGGAAGAGGCCCAGCAUGCUGGAGGUGGUGAAGAUGCUCAAGGAGAUCAGGAUGAUCGAGUCAGGGGAUGUCGUCGCCGGAGAUCUGUGAUGAUGAUCAGGGGUAUGUUAUUCUCAGUGAUUGAAACAUGUUGUAUUGCUGAUGCUAUAUAUACAUAUACAUGUUAUGCAGGACAGCAGAUGAUGAUAUAUAGUAAUAAUUUGACUAUUAAUUAAAUAGACUUUUAGUUUAUGUUGGUUGUAAGUUUGGAACUGAGUGGAGUUUGGAAGUGCUUUAAUGUUGUGUUCAAAUGUUGUAGUCUUUCUUAAUUUCCAUUAUAUGAAAUAUAAUA